GAGCCGUGGCCGGGCUUCCGCUUCCGGUAGCGGCGGCGGGGCAGGUCGGGGCUGGGGCCGGGGCCGGGGCCGGUACGGGUCUGCUGGCAGGGCGCUACCAUGGCGUUCUCCGCCUUCCAGAAGGUGGCCAUGGUGUCGGGCCUCGUGCUGUGCGUCUCCCUGCUGCUGCCCAAGGCCUUCCUGUCCCGCGGGAGGAGGCCGGAGCCGCCGCCCGCGCCCUCGGGAAAGAUGGGUCGAUUUCCACCAAUGAUGCACCACCAAAUGCCUUCAGAUGGCCCAGCUGCCGGCACCCAUUUUCCCAGAUCUCACCUUACAGAGACAAUUGCAAAAACCAAGGGAUCUGGUGGCAGUAUGGGAGGUGGUGGUGGAAGAGGCCUUAUGGGCCAGAUUAUCCCCAUCUAUGGUUUUGGAAUUCUUCUCUACAUCUUGUACAUUCUGUUUAAGCUCUCUUCCAAGGGGAAAACUACUACAGAAGAACGGAAAUCUGCCACUGCUCUGCACGGAAAUCCAAAUAGGAAGAUCACCAAUUAUGAGCUUGCUCAGCUGCAAGAGAAACUGAGAGAGACAGAAGAAGCCAUGGAAAAGUUAAUCAACCGAGUGGGACCAAACUAUGAGAGGGCACAGAAUGUGACUUCGGACCAGGAAAAACGGUUAUUGCAGCAACUCCGAGAAAUCACCAGGGUCAUGAAGGAGGGAAAACUUCUCGACAGCCCCUCUCCUGAGAAAGAAGCUGAGGAAGCCCCUUACAUGGAGGACUGGGAAGGCUACCCAGAAGAGACAUAUCCAGUUUAUGACCUUUCGGACUGCGUCAAGCGAAGGCCAGAUACAAUCCUAGUGGAUUACCCGGACUUGAGCCAAGCCUCUGCUGAAGAGAUAGCAGAAAGAAUGGGGGGGCUGGAGGAAGAGGAGGAUCAUUUGUGCUGUGAGGCUCUCCCCGUUGACCCGGCUGAGGUCAGCCAGGACUGCCAAGCCCAGAAAGACAAGACUGGCAGUUUUAGUGACCAGGACAGAGUCCUGCCUCCAAACCAGAAAUUGGAGUGCACUUGCUGUCAGCAUGAAGAAGAGGAUCCUGCCAUAAUAGCAGAGAACACGGUGUUCCCCUUGGAUAGCAGCAGAGAGCCAGAGGAAACACACCUGUAUUCCAAAGAGGCAGUGCUAGGAAACAGAUUGGAGGAGGCAGAGGAGGUGGGCACAUUAAGGAAACGGAUCCUUCAGGGUUUUGAAUGAAUCAAGGCUUGGCAGUGUUGUCUAAGUCCAGAAGCCAAUCUGCUUGAUUGAGCCUCAUCCUUCACCUUUGGCCCAGUGACCUGUGUAGCUAGCUGCCCAUCAUCUCCUCUUCUGAGAGGCUGGUCCAUAUCACCUUCCUCCAAGCCAUAUUUUUGUUGACGUGCAGGGCAAUGCAGAGAUAGAUGUGAGGAGGACAGAAGGUGUCAUAGCUACACUCUUCCUUUUCCAGCUUCUCAGAAUAGUCAGUGCAUUCAGUAAUCAUCUAUUAAUAAUUCCCAAUUUGCCUGCCUCUGCAGAGGACAGGAAGCCAGCCUAGGAUUAUAGCCCAUUCCUUCUGUCCAGAAGCAGUAGCCACAAGUGGCUCUCCUUUAGGUAGGCAGAAGUUGGCAGACAGCCAUUCAUUAAGCGAUAAGCCCCGAGUUGCCCAGUUAUGUGAGUUUUGGUAUAGUGAGAAGACUGGCAGUUUCCUUUGAAGGAUAGAUUGGUUUCAUUUGUAGUGAUGAUAGGUUAAAUGUAGAAGGAACCUUUUUCUAAGUGUGGCCUCACUGAGCAAAGGCUCCCAGACUCUUAGAGUCCAUCCUAGUCUGUCCUAUAGCUAAGGAAGAAUUCUAUCUACAACAUCCCUGACAAGCAGUCAUUCAGCCUUUGCUUGAAUGUCUCUAGUGAGGAACAACAUGCUACCUUCUGAAGCAGCCAAUUCCACUUUUUUGGAGAGAGCUCUAAUUGUUUAGAAGUUUUUCCUGACAUCAAGUCUAAACAGUCAUCUCUGUUUCUCCAUUCAUUGCUCCCAAAUCUGCUCCCAGGGUCUAAUCAGAAUAAGUCUAAUCUUUGUUCCAAGUAACAACCCUUCAGAUUCUUUAAGGCAUCUGUCUUCCCUGUGUCUUCUUCAAGCUAAACACCUCUACUGCUCCUCAUAUGGCAUUAUCUCAAUCAAGGUCCUUCACCAUCCAAGUACCUUCUGGUCACUUUCCAGCUUAUCACUGUCCUUCCUAAAAUGUAAGGUACAAAACCAGAUGAGGGCAGAGAACCACAGGAUUAUCAUGAACUUAGUCCUAGAAGCUACGCCUCUCUUAACAUAGCCUCGGAUAGUAUUAAUUUUUUGGCCAUCAAACCACCCUGUGGACUCAUACUGAAGUGCAGUCCACCAAAACCCACAAAUAUUUGUCAGAUGAAUUUCUUUGAGCCAUGCCACUGACCUUAUCUUUAUAAAACUGACUUCUGAACCUAACAACGAGACUUUAUAUUUAUCCAUUUUAAAUCUCAUCUCAUUAGAUCGAUUCAGCCCAGUGUUCUAGCCUGUCAGUUUUGGAUUCUGACUCAUUCAUCCAACAUGUUAGCUAUCAAUCCUAGAUUGUUGUCAUUUGCAGAUUUGGUAAGCAUACUAUAUUUAUACCUUUAUCUAAAUCAUUGAUAAAAAUAUUAAGUGACACUCCAGUCAAGACUUGGCUCCAAGAUGGCAUCAAACCAAUCGGUAAUAAACUACUUCUGGGGUCCACCCAUUCAACCAACUCCAGCUCCACCUAAUUUGGCCCACAUUCUCCCCAUCUUUUCUGCAAGAAUAAGAUGAGAGAUUUUGUCAAAUGCUUAGCAAAAAUCUAGGUAAAUUAUUUCUCUAUCAUUACCCUGGUCUACCAGCUUAGUAACCCUGUCAAAAAAGGGAAUGAGACUGGUUUGACAUAAUCUGUCUUCCAUGGAGCACUCUCAUUAUCAUGCCUCUAGUGUUAUGUUCUAGAAUUUUUUCAGGAAGUCAGAUUCACUGGGCUACAGAUAGCACCUCUUCAUUUCCUUUUUUUUCUAAACCUGAACAUGUCAUUUUCAUGCUGCAUCACCUUUCCCCUCUUCUUGUUGUAAAGUCAUUUUUCAGUCAUGUCCAACUGUUCGACCCCAUUUGGGGUUCUCUUGGCAAAAGUAUUGGAGUGGUUUGCCAUUCCCCAUCUCCAGCUCAUUUUACAGAUGAGGAAACUGAGGCAAACGGUGUUAAGUGACUUGCUCAGUGUCACUCAGCUCAUAUCUGAGGCUGGAUUUGAACUCAGCAAGAUGAGUUUUCCUGACUCAAGGCAUGGUGCUCUAUCCACUGAGUCAUCUAGCUGCCCUUUCCCUUUCACUACAGUCUUCCAAAGAUCUCUGAUGGCAUCUCAGCAGUCCUUUCUGCCAGUUCUUUUAUUUUCCUGGCAUGUAGUCUGUCUAAGCCAAAUGGCAUGCUCCCUUCUGUGCUACAUAUUUGGGGUUUCAUUUCCCCAUUAGCUAUCUUUGUUCUGUUCUCUAUGGCCCCAAUAUUAUUCUCUUUGGCAAGAAAAUAAAGAAGUGAAGGAAAAAGGGAACAGUUUCCCCAGAGAUGCCCCCUCUGGAAGAAGGUGAAGGUACCUCUGCUAAUAGGGAAAUGAACUCUGGUAAUUUUACAUGGAAGAUUUCUCAGCUUUUUAAAAAUAGUCUGAUUAUUUUAAAAUGAUUCUACCCCAACGAUGUCAGCCACCCUGGUCUUCCUAAACACUUCCAAACCCAGAAGCACCUUUCUGCCCUAAUGGCUGUACCAUUCCCUAUGUGGAUGGGGCUUCUGGUACAGGCCCUCCUAUUGCUCAGCCCAGCACUUCAUCCCUACGUGAAUAGGAGAAGACCUUGAGGACAGGUGAGUAAAGUUCAGGGAGCCUAGAAAGAAGGAACAAGGCCUUCCGUAGAAGUUAUUUCUCAGCUUGUCCCUAUCUGGGAAGGGCUAAGCCCACGGAGAAAAGACCUCAGCAUCCCACUAGUUCUAGAUAUAAGUUACCUGAGCAGGAAUGACCCCUACAAGAAUCUCCAAAAAUCUGUGCUGUUUGAAGAUGUUCAGUGCUGGGCGCUCACUACUUCCUGUAGCAGCCCUUUCCACUAGGUGAUUACAUGGAAGUAGUUUUGGUUUUGCUUUUAUAAUAUAUAUUGAGCUGAAAUCAGCUUCUGUGCAGUUUUCACCCAUUGCUUCUAGAACCAAGAACAAAUCUAAUGACUCUUCCAAACAAUAACCCUUCAGAUUGGGAGAGACGUCGUGCUCCCCAUUCCAUUUCCUACCCAGCCCAGCCAUUCCCAGUUCAGUUUUAAGCCCUCUCAUGCUGACUGCCUUUUUGGUACACAAUUCAGCUAGUCCAUACUUCCCUCAACAUUUCAAGGCCAUACUUUAUCAGUUUGGUUGCCCUUCGACUGACACAGAUUACAACCCCUUAGUAGAUCAUAGCAUAAUAGAUGCCCUUUGAGAGUUGCUGUGGCCAAAAAGUUCAUUACCUUGUAGCCCAGCUGGAGAUGAACCUCUUUGAAGUUUAGCUAGGCUCAUCCUUGGACAACAGUCCAUCACUAGGUCUGUAAUUAAGGUCUUUCCAGCUUCGUAUAUGACCUCCGGAGCUUGGACUUGGAGAUCACUUUCAUACCACAGUAAGACUUUAGACUUCAGUGGAGGUGGCUGGUCAAUAUCCCACCUAACAUGUGGUUACCACCACUAAACUGCCUUCUUCCAGGAAGAAGUAGGUAAGAUCAAUAAGGACGAGAACUUCUGCUGAAUGGAGAAACGUUCUGAACUCAGCAGCUGUCCAGAGCUAAUAAUGGAAGCUAGUUGACGGAUUUGGGAUUAGAAGAGAUUUGAGGCAAGACUUGUUUGUGUAUUCAGGUGACUGACAGGACGGAGGGGACCCUGUUUUAUGGAACUCUGGAAUCCCAAAGCUUAUUCCCUUAGGGGGUCCAAAAACCUUUGGGAGAUGGAUAGAGAAGGCAGAGCUCCAGCCCCUUUGGUUACCUCCUUUGCUAGGAGCAUGAAGGCCAUUAUCCAGGGGUCCUGGGAACAUCUGGAAGGUUGAUGGGAAUACAAUUCCAGCUUUUUUCUUUUCCUAUAAGCUCAAGGGUCUCAAAAAUAUCUGAGAGUGGGAUCAGUAAGGCCAUGCUCUGUAAUACCAACAUUCCUUCUCGACAUUCUGAUUAAAACCUUGGGACCUGUUAAUUA